AGGAGGUUGAAUUGGAGCACAUUAUCGCUCAGCAUCUAGACAUCUUUAAAUAACUCAUGAAAGAAAAAAAACAGAGCUCACAGCACCUCUAAAAGAUACACCAAUAAUCCAUACCGGAUUAAUUUGCAUAAAAACUAGGGAUUUUGUGCUAAGCUGAAAGAAUAUCCAGUGACUACAUCAAUUUAAACAACUCAUAAUUUUAAGAAAAUAAAAUAGAGACCAAUUAUUUCCAGCAUUCACAUUCAGCAACCACAUGGCCCAACACUGCUGACAUUGAAUUUGUAGCCAGCGCUGUUUUUCACAACAUGUACAAAACACAGUUUUUCAGUUAAUUAAUUUUUACUUAAUCAAAGCGUGCAGACAAACCAUAAAAUUAAGAAAGCCUUCCUAAUAUUGUAUAAGUCCCUCCCACAUGUACUGAAAAAACAGCUCUGGGGAUCUAGUUAGAUUGGCACGAAGUUCCAAGCAUUUUUUUUUUUCAGUUAGCCCUGCUGAGGGAGACCCCCUGCCAUCGGGGGGUGCCAUUGUAUUGGGGGCAUGACAUCAAAACAUAAAUCCCAGCUUUAAAGGUUUCCCAAAAGAGCAUGUCAUUUUGACCAACCCACCUGCAGUGCACAAACACAUAGGAGUAGACAAACACUGCUUACAUGAGUUCAAAGGGCCUCGGCAGUAAAACCAAUGUAUGUCUAUGAAAGGGUCGUAUGUUAAAAGAAACAUAUUUUAGCAGUUGAAUUACACUUCCUACAAGCAUUUAUUGUCAUCAAUAUCUAGUGCUUGGCUAUUGCUCUAUUUUGUAUGGCCACUCAUAUUUUGCAUGACAGCACACAUGAUGAGAUCAAAGAGCUUACAGCAGAGUGAACUCUGUCCCAGUGCAAGACUGUGUCACAUGGACUGAGUUCAUAGACUUUGCGAUACAGUUUCAAGGACUGGGCCGAGCCGGAGAAUUGAACAUGCCCCCCGCAGCAGCAACCAAUCUAGGCUACACCCCACCAGACGGAGGCUGGGGCUGGGCUGUCGUCUUCGGCGCUUUCAUCUCCAUAGGAUUCUCGUAUGCCUUUCCUAAGUCCCUCACCAUCUAUUUCAAGGAGAUUCAGGAAUAUUUUUCAGUUUCCUACAGUGAGAUUGCCUGGGUGUCCUCAGUCAUGCUUGCUUCUAUGUAUGCAGGAGGCCCUGUCAGCAGUAUACUGGUCAAUCGCUAUGGCAGCAGACCUGUGGUUAUAGUUGGCGGGGUCCUGGUUUGCACUGGCAUGGCUCUCGCUUCUUUUGGAACUAAUAUAAUACAUCUGUACCUCUGUGUUGGAGUAAUUGGAGGUUUUGGUCUCGCCUUCAACUUGCAGCCCUCCCUGACGAUCAUAGGCACUUACUUCCAGGUCAAAAGGCCCAUGGCCAAUGGACUCGCUAUGACUGGAAGUCCGGUUAUUCUCUCCACUCUGGCGCCUCUCAAUCAGUUUCUGUUUGAUUCCUUUGGUUGGAGGGGAAGCUUCCUCAUCCUGGGAUCCAUUGUUUUGAACUGCUGUGUAGCUGGUGCUUUGAUGAGACCAGUCAACAAAAGCAUACCACGGAAAACAAUAGAUGAGUCAUCAAAGUGUGAAAGCGAAGCUCAGGAACACGCUGCUGCUGAAGACACCACUACCCACUCCGAUAACCUUCAGACUGAAGAUCAAAGUGAGAGCAAGGGUCACAGCUUUGUGCAGAAAUUCAUAGAUCUCUCACUUUUCAGACACAGGGGCUUCCUCAUUUAUCUAAUUGGUAAUGUGGUCUUGUUUUUUGGCUUUUUUGCACCUGUGGUUUUCAUGGCUCCAUAUGCCAAACAUCAAGGGAUUGAUGAAUAUUCAGCAGCUUUCUUGCUCUCCAUUUUUGCUCUGGCGGACAUGUUCAUUAGACCGACAACUGGCUUAGUUGGCAACACCAAGUGGAUCAGGCCGAGAAUACAGUAUUUUUUCAGUUUUGCUGUUUCAUACAAUGGCGUAUGUCACCUAAUGUGCCCACUGGCGUCUGGCUAUACGGGCCUAGUUGUAUAUGCUGUCUUCUUUGGUUUGGCAUUUGGGAUGCUUUCUGCACUCCUUUUUGAAGUUCUAAUGGACCUUGUUGGAGCUCCUCGUUUCUCCACUGCCGUUGGACUUGUCACCAUUAUUGAGUGUGGGCCAGUGCUUCUGGGACCUCCAAUGGCAGGAGCUUUGGUUGAUUAUUUUGGUGAUUACAAAUACAUAUAUUAUGCAUGCGGUGUAUUCAUGCUGGUUUCUGGCAUAUUUUUCUUCGUUAUGCAUUACUACAACUAUAAAAAACUGGAUGAGGAGCGCGGAAAGAGCAAAGCAAUGGAGACAAGGAAUUCUGACGAGGCAGUACAACUAAAAAUGAACCAGGCUGAUAGAACGAUGAAUGAAACAGAUGAAUGAACUUGCUGACUAUGACUUUAUUUCAGUGGAUGCAUACAAAAUGACACUACAAAGGCUUUUUAUCCAGUAUGUAAAUGUAUUUUGUACCUUAAAUGACUUAGUUAGAGUAGUUAGACUUUUACAUAUUUGCAGAUUCACAUUUGUUAUUUUGUAAAUGCUCAUAUUACGUAUAUUAUUAUUAUUACAGUGUGUGGCAUAUGUAACUCUCAUGGAUUUGUUAAUAAAUCUCCAGGAACUAACUAUGUUCCUUCUAAUGCAAUCCUUAUGGCUUUAUAAACUUAAGCAGUUCAUUUGGUUUCUUCAUCAAUUAAAUAAUAAUAAAUCUUCUGACUCUUA